GGAGUCCACGAUUUACAUUCAACUAACUAGCAAGCUCCUUGAUUGAUUACGUUGUGCAACUCCGAACUCCAAAACCAAAGUUCCAAACCAAAACAAACAGACAAAGAAUGGCUUCCAUGCCUUUCUCUGCUUCUCUUCAUGCUUGCUUGCAACCCAAAAUGAUUCCAACUUCUCCAAAAUGGACUUCAAUUGCCUUAUCGAUCCCAUCCAUCAAAACCUCAUUUCGGUCCUCCAAAUCAGCCAUUUCUCAACAUGGGUUCUCCUUGCAAUCCUCAACUUUUCCUGGGUUUCUUCUCAAUUCUCGUUCUUUCUCAGUCAACGCCAGAGCCGCUACAGAGAAGACUAUCUAUGAUUUCAAUGUCAAAGAUAUCGAUGGGAAGGAUGUUUCUCUUAGCAAGUUUAAGGGAAAGGUUCUCUUGAUUGUCAAUGUUGCUUCAAAAUGUGGUUUGACGACUGGAAAUUACUCAGAACUGUCUCAUAUAUAUGAGAAGUACAAAACUCAAGGAUUGGAGAUUCUAGCUUUCCCUUGCAAUCAGUUUGGUGGGCAAGAACCUGGAUCAAACCCAGAAAUCAAGCAGUUUGCUUGUACAAGGUUUAAAGCAGAAUUCCCAAUUUUUGAUAAGGUUGAUGUCAAUGGGCCAAGUACAGCUCCAGUUUACCAGUUCCUGAAAUCGAGUGCUGGAGGGUUUUUAGGUGAUCUUAUAAAGUGGAAUUUUGAAAAGUUCUUGGUGGACAAAAAUGGUAAAGUUGUUGAAAGAUACCCACCAACAACAUCACCUUUUCAAAUUGAGAUUGUCCUCCUGCAGCGUUUCUUGCGGCUUUCAUUUGCUCUUGUGCAUCAGCUAAAUUGGUUUGGCAAUUUGAAAGUCGAGACCGAUCCAGUGGGUCUGUGAGUGAUGCAAGAAUAUUUGGGAUUCGACUAUCGGCUUCUUUGAAUACUUUCAAGUUCAAAUCAACAGUAAUAAUUCCCAGCAUAUAUAGAUUAGCUGUACUACUCUGUGGGUCUGAAAAUAAUUCUGACAAGCAAAACGCUUUGUCCCUCAUCUCUUUGCAAAUGCUUUCAAUAAGGGCUUGAUCUGCAUUAGAAACAUGGUAGAAAAGAGAGGUGACUAGUAGAGGGAUAACCAAGAUUGAUAGGCAACUAAUUGGAGAUGCCAUUUUCUUUUUCUUUUUUUAGUUCUUUGUCAAGAAUGAUAUUGUUGGUAUGGAAAACAAUUCAAUCGAGAAGUGGCUUUUAAAGAA